UUUCUGCAUAGCAAAACAAAAACUAUAAAUGCUUUUCAAUAGCUUAAACAAAAGUUUAUAAAAACUUGAAAUUAUAAGUUAAUCAAAUAAAUUGAUUGUAACGCAUAAAACUACAAACGACAAAUACACAAGAAUGUCUUUGAAUUACGAAGAUAAGAAAAAAAUGCUGUUCGAGUGUUUGAAUUCAGCAGAAAAGUGUAUUCAAGGUACAAGUCUGGAUCAAAGACAAUUCACACGGGACGAACCGAAGCAACAAGAUGAUUCAAAGGCAUUGAUUAAAGGAAGACGAUUUCAGGGCAAAGAAAGUAUAUUCAAACGACCCGCAGCACCGAUCAGUAAAUGUUUGAGACCACGACGAUUGCCCGACUAUCAGAUGAACCCACACAAAUGGAAGAAAUAUUCACUUGAUGAUGCUGAUAUCUCAGAUAAAACAAAUACAUCGGCCGCAUUUGCAUUUUUGGCAGAAAUUGAACGUCGAAAAGAUAUGGAAGAAGAGAAACGGGCACGUGAAAAUGAAAUGGACUGUGAUGAUGAUAGUUCAAGUGGAAAAAUUGUUUUUAAGAAACGGACCAGUUCGGUGGACAAUCGAAAGCCAUCGUUUAAUCAAUCAACCGCUCUGCGAAAAGAAAUUGAAGAAUCAGACGAUCGCAAUGAAUCUGAUGCAAAAGCCGUUUUAAAGGGAUCAAAAGUCAUUAUGCCCGAAUAUGUGAUUGGUCAGAAAAUACAGAAGAAGGUGAACAAAAAAUUAAAUGCAACGUCUACUGCGAAUACACAGCAGUCAGACGGGAAAAAUAAACCACAUUUACAACAUUUAUUCGAUGAAGAAGACGAAGAUUAAUUAAUUAAAUCGAAUAUUUUUUCAUCAAUUAAUCGGAUGUAAUGUAUUUAACAUUUUAAACAUUGAGAUAAUGUUUUAGCAUUAGAUUUAGGGUUUUUCAUUCUUAAAUCAAAUAAAUGUAAACUACAUAAUAGAAUAAAUCAAAACAUUUUUAUCUAAUCACUUGAA